UUUCAAAUCUGCUCUACACAACAAGAUAUCAACACACAUCACACAGAAAACAAGACCACUCACCAAUCCUCUGCUCUCUCUCUCUCUCUGCAUGGAAGAAAACAACAACCCUUUCAUGACUCACCAAUCCUCUUCUGAAUCUGAUGACCACAUUCCUUCUCAGCCAUUGGACUUAAACAAACCCCACCCAUCUAAAGAUUUCAACAUGGAGGAGCAAGAACAAGAAGGCCCCUUCAGCUAUGAUGAUAGUGAUAAAGAUGUUACAAAAAAACCAUCUUCUUCAAAAACCCUUCUCUGCAACAAGGAGAAAAUAACAAUGCAUGAUGAGUUGGUUUCGGUUUCAGCAGUGGAUGUUGAGAAAGAAGGUAUUGUGCCUGAGGCCAUGGGAGAGGAUAGUGGACGAGAGAGGCUGAAGAGGCAUGGAGUUGAAGUAGCUGGAAUGGUUUUGAUUCCUGAUAUAUGGGGUCAAGAGGAACUGUUGAAGGAUUGGAUUGAUUGCACUGCAUUUGAUGCUCCUAUAGUUCCAAGCAGGAUUACGAUGGCACGAGAGGCUUUGGUUCAAGAGAGUACAAGAGCCAACGCUGCUGGACUACGAAUAGAGAACAGGGACUUGGAUUUCAAUGUACAUAAGGAUUUAUCCCUUAAUAACAACAUUACAAACGUUGAGGUUCAAAACACCCACAGGUUUUCAGACGCCAAGAAGAGCAGCUAAACAAAAAGAUCUUUUUCAAGUUCACAAAUAUACGGAGAAAAUGAGAAGGUAGAUUAUUAUAUCAAGAAAAACAUUGGAAACCAGCUGCUCCAGCUCGCCAGUAACCUUGAACAAUAAUGCAACUAUGCAAGAACAUCAUGCUAAUCUCUUCAAAAUAAAACAUAGUUCAAAUAAAAAAUUGAUAAAGUUGCAAAUACAGUCGAGUAUAACUGUGUAGCUGGGUGUUCUCUGCAUUUAAGUUGUGUAAAAAGAAACAUUUGGCAUUGGUUUGUCAAGUCUUUUGCCACUCUUGUCCUAGUGAUAGCAAGUACAGAGAGAUCAAUAUAUUCUAGGUUUAUCCA